AUGGAUAGCAAUAUAAUAUUCAACCCUUUUGACGCAUUAGGUAUUAGCAUGUCGACUACAAGCAUUGUCGACAAAAGGCGCAUACGCUCCGCCCACCGGGCAGCAAUGUUGUUGCGUCACCCAGAUCAUUGUUCUCUUGAGACCCGAAGUCGAUUUCCCCAGGUCCGUCAUAUCGUCGAUGCAAAGGAUUGUCUUGAAAAAUGCCUAGCUGGCGGAGACCUGAAUUCGCUCAUUGGAGAAUUCUACCAUUGGCCUCAGACAUCCGACUCUAAGUGCUCUAUGGUUAUGAAACAGAGCGCUUUAGGGUCCCGUGUAGGUGAGCAUGAACAAAUUCUCUGUCAACAUUGCCGGCGGCCGAUUGACUUGGAAGCUCGCCUGCGUCACCUUGAGGAGGCUCAUCAACACCAUGAAUGUCCAAUAUGUCAGGAAACAAUGCCAGUCUCCAUGAUUGGACAGCACCGAGGUCACCAUGAAUGCCCAUUCUGCCCAACUCUAGUGGCAAAAUUCAGCCUAAUCGCCCACAUUGAAACAGACCAUAUGGGAGGUGAUGUCCUGAGUGUCCUGAAUGUCCUGAAGGCUCGAACUUGGCAAAUCACAGGAGGCUUUUUCGACAUCUUAAAGAAGCAAAACAACAUGAAUGGCUGCCAUGCUUAUUUGCCACAACUAUCGAUUUCUUAG